CGGCUGAGGGACCUGCCGGCGCUGCUGCGGAGCGGGCUCACGCUGCGGAGGAAGCGGAGCGCCGCCGGGGCCCGGACUCUAUCGAGAAGAAUUUCCAAUCCAUACCUUGAACACACUCCUUCCCAGAUUUAUGGAGAGAAUUCUUCUUGUGCAGGAAGAGCAUUGAGGAAUAUUAUUAUCGUUCAAGCAACUGACCUGAUAAAGGACAGAGUGAACCUCAAGGGAUUUUACAGGAGGAGCUGUGUUGGGUCAGAGCUGGUAGACUGGCUUCUAGAACACUGUCCUUUUGUCCAGUGCAGAUCUAUGGCCAUAGGGGUCUGGCAGCUCCUACUGGAUAUGGGAAUUAUGUUAUCAGUGGACCAGAAUUUGUACUUUCAAGAUACCUAUGUUUUCUACCAGUUUUCUUCUGAUGAAUGUAGCUACUUGUACUGUGAAUUUGAAAGAGAAGAAGAAUGGCAGAAUGGUGUCAAACUUUUACUGCAACUUGUGCCUCUCAUUCCUGCUAGAGCGGGCAUCUGUGAACUGUCUCAUCAGAAAAUGGAAGACUCGGAAGAAAGCAGUGAUGAAAUUCUCGCUCGUCUAACAUCUGCGGUGCAGAGAGAACUAGCAGCUGUUAUUGCUUUGAAAGCAAGGAAAUCUGCAGUUGAACAAGAUGAAGAAAACAGUGACAAACAUGACAUUGUGACAGAAGCUGGAGGUGUUCCAGAUUCUCAGGCAGGAGUGAUGUGCAAACUUCAGGAGAGAGAUGACAUCGGACGAAUUGAACUGGUCCAGAAGCUGGCGAGAGAAAACUGUCAGUUUCUACAGACAGACAAAAAAGAACAGGAGAAAUCUGAACACCAGGAUGAUGAGGUGAGGACGGUUCGGGUGAAGGAGCAAGAGCACAACGUCCUGGUGCUGAAGAGGGUGCAGUGCUGUGGGCCGGCCCCCCUGGCCGGCAGCGCCGACAGUGAUUGGAGAUACGUGGUCGUGUCCGGGACCCCCGAGAAGAUUUUGGAGCACCUUUUGAAUGACUUGCAUCUGGAAGAAGUCCAGGACAAAGAAACAGAGACUCUCCUUGAUGAUUUCCUUCUCACGUACACUGUCUUCAUGACAACUGAUGACUUGUGCCAGGCGCUGUUGAGGCACUAUUCUGCUAAGAAGUAUCAAGGCAAAGAAGAAAACUCAGAUGUUCCUUGUCGGAAACGAAAGGUCUUGCAUCUUGUGUCCCAGUGGAUUGCUCUCUACAAAGACUGGUUACAUGAAGACGAACAUUCAAAAAUGUUCUUAAAGACCAUAUACAGGAAUGUACUGGAUGAUGUAUAUGAAUAUCCAAUACUUGAAAAAGAGUUGAAAGAAUUUCAGAAAAUACUUGGAAUGCACCGUCGUCACACUGUGGAUGAAUAUUCACCACAAAGGAAGAAUAAAGCCCUUUUCCACCAAUUCAGUCUUAAGGAGAACUGGCUCCAGCAUAGAGGAACUAUGACUGAAACAGAGGAAAUUCUUUGUCACGUGUACAUAACGGAGCACUCCUAUGUCAGUGUGAAGGCAAAAGUUUCCAGUACAGCGCAUGAGAUCCUGAAAGUUGUGGCAGAAAAGAUCCAACAUGCGGAAGAGGAUCUGGCUCUGGUGGCCGUCACAUUCUCUGGGGAAAAGCAUGAACUUCAGCCAAAUGACUUGGCCAUCUCCAAAUCCCUUGAAGCGUCAGGUCGGAUAUAUGUCUACCGAAAAGACCUAGCUGACACUUUGAACCCAUUUGCAGAAAAUGAGGAAUCACAGCAAAGGUCAAUAAGGAUUUUGGGAAUGAACACUUGGGAUCUUGCUCUGGAAUUAAUGAACUUUGAUUGGAGUCUCUUCAAUUCGAUUCACGAGCAAGAGCUGAUCUACUUCACCUUCAGCCGACAAGGCAGUGGGGAGCACACCGCAAACCUCAGCCUUCUGCUGCAGAGAUGCAAUGAAGUCCAGCUCUGGGUGGCCACGGAGAUCCUGCUCUGCAGCCAGCUGGGCAAGCGAGUGCAGCUGGUGAAAAAAUUCAUCAAAAUCGCUGCACACUGCAAAGCCCAGAGAAACCUGAAUUCUUUCUUUGCUAUUGUGAUGGGUCUCAACACCGCUUCUGUCAGCCGGCUGUCGCAGACCUGGGAGAAAAUCCCUGGGAAGUUUAAGAAACUUUUCUCUGAACUUGAAAGUUUAACAGAUCCUUCCCUGAAUCACAAAGCCUACAGAGAUGCAUUCAAAAAGAUGAAACCACCCAAAAUCCCAUUCAUGCCCCUGUUGCUUAAAGAUGUAACAUUUAUUCAUGAAGGAAAUAAAACAUUUUUGGAUAAUCUUGUCAAUUUUGAAAAACUGCACAUGAUUGCCGACACAGUCCGAACCCUGAGACACUGCAGGACUAAUCAGUUUGGCGAUGUGUCUCCAAAGGAGCACCAAGAGUUAAAAUCCUACGUAAAUCACCUGUAUGUCAUUGACAGCCAGCAGGCCCUGUUUGAGCUGUCCCACAGGAUCGAGCCUCGGGUGUGA